AUGCCGAGAAGAGCUCAGCUAGCUAGCCGCCCGCCAUGGACGCCCGCCUCCCCCUCCCCCCCCCUCCUCCUCCUCCUCCUCCUCGCCGCCGUCGCCUCCGCGGAGCUCUCCCCCGAGUUCUACAGCUCCACCUGCCCCGAGGCCGAGAAGAUCGUCUCCGGCGUCAUCGAGCGCAAGUUCAAGGAGGACCCCGGCACCUCCGCCCUCCUCCUCCGCCUCUUGUUCCACGACUGCUUCGCCAAUGGCUGCGACGCGUCGAUCUUGAUCGAUCCGCUGUCGAACCAGAGCGCGGAGAAGGAGGCCGGGCCGAACGUCUCGGUGAGGGGAUACGACAUCAUCGACGAGGUCAAGACGGCGGUGGAGAAGGCGUGCCCCGGCGUGGUGUCGUGCGCGGACAUCAUGUCGCUCAGCGCGCGGGACGCCGUGCGCCUGGCCGGCGGCCCCGACUACGUCGUGCCCACCGGGCGGCGCGACUCGCUCGUCUCCAACCGCGAGGACGCCGACGGUCUCCCGGGGCCCGACAUCGCCAUCCCUAAGCUGAUAGCGGAGUUCUCCGAGAAGGGGUUCAGCAUGGAGGAGCUGGUGGUCCUCCUCGCCGGCGGCCACACCAUCGGCAAGGCCAAGUGCUUCUUCAUCGAGGUCGACGCUGCGCCCAUCGACCCGGCCUACAGGUCCAACAUCACCUCGUUCUGCGACGGCAAGGAGGGCGACAAGGGAGCCGUUCCCCUGGAUCCGAUCACGCCCGACAUCGUCGACCCCAACUACUUCGGCCUCGUGAUGGCCAAGAAGAUGCCGCUCACCGUCGACCGCCUCAUGGGGCUGGACCCGAGGACGGCGCCCGUCAUUAAGGACAUGGAGGCCAAGCCCAAGGAUUUCGCCCCCCUGUUCGCCAAGGCCAUGGAGAAGCUCAGCGUCUUGAAAGUUAUCACCGGCAAGGACGGCGAGAUCAGGAAGUCAUGCUCCGAGUUCAACAACCCGGUGACCACCGACGACGGCCCGUCCGUGAUCCGUAUCAGCUCGUUGAACCCCGAGGAGAUGAUCGGGUCGAUGCCGGCGGCAACCGGAAAGGUCAAAUCGGAGUCCAGGAAGAUGGCAGCGGGCGGCGCGAUGGAGGAAAGGAUGAAGGCCGCCAUGAAGCCGCCUGGUGAUAUCAAGCUCGAGAGCAACGAGGCAACCAGCAGCGUGCCAGCCAUGGCGUUCAAUGCAAACCAAGCAGCCGGCGGCGUGGACACCAACAACGUCGCCGGCAAUGAGGCGGAGGCGGAGGAAAAAAAGUCGAAGAAGAAGAAGAAGAAGAAGAAGAAGGCCAGCGCCGAGGCGACGGUAGAAGCACCUGGCAGCGAGGCGUCAAAGGAGGAGAAGGCGAUCGGCGGCCAAUCCUUCAGCAUCGCGGGCGCCGGCAACAAAGGUAUUGGCGGCGAGGCGUCCAAGGCGGAGGCGAUCGGCGGUCAGUCGUUCAGCAUGGCUGGCACCGGCGCCGGCGAGGCAACAAAGAAGGCAAAGGCAAUGGGCGGUCAGUCGUUCAGCAUGGCGGGCGUCGAUGCAGAAGUGAAAACCAAGGCAAUGAAGAGCCAAUCUUUCAGCAUGGCGGGCACCGGCCAGGACGCCAACAAAGGCACCGGCGGCGAGGAGGCCAAGAAGAGGCCCCAGCCGAAGCUCCGCGGCGGCCAGCAACUGUAGACGGAGAAGAAGAAGAAGAUGCCGCGCUACUAGCUGAGCCGUUUGCGCGCGCGCUUGACGUGUGCCGCGGCCGGAGCGCGCAUCAUCGCCAUUGAUAUCGCUCUGAUUUUCUCACACUCGAUCUCUUGUUUGUAGAAGGGACGAGCAUCCUACUAUCGCUAAUUACUAGGCUUAUUUUUCAACUAAUGUUGUGUCGAAUUUUUAACAGCGACCAAAAAGCUCGAUGAUCUUUUCUCUUUUCAUUUUCCUUGUUAUCAUUAUUGUGACAAAUUCUUUGCCAACUCAAUCUGGGUGGUAAAUAAAGGUGUAUCAGAUUUCUCC